UCUCUCAAUCAAGUUCCUGUGAAAAGAAAGAAAGCAGAAUGGUUAUGCAUUUUUGUUUUUAUUUUGCUUCAUCUCUGUAUAUCAUCACAACUUCAGAGGCUUGGUUCUAGGAUUCAACUUCCAAAGGCUUACUUACUCUAAUAUAUCUCUUAUUCAAGUUGUUCUGUGAGUUUUCCUGUUUUAGUCUGAGGCUUUGAGCUUUGUUUGAUAGAUAUGCCAAAGGCAAAUUGCAGUUUCUAAUUUGUUGAAACUAUAAAGAUUGAGUUUAGAACUGAUAGAAGAGUUACCAUGUGUAUCAAACUAGCAUUAGAAUUGGUUAUGGGUGUUUGUUUUUUACGUUCUUAGUUCUUAUACAAUACUAGAAACUAGAAAGAAGUGAUUGGAAUUUCAACUACCAUUGUUGGUUUAGAGGGCAGAGGCUCCAUUGAGUUAAAAGUAAGAAAGCAAUUAAAGGCCUUUGAAGUGAAUUCGGAUAAAUGGUUUCUUCUAUAUAUACCUUUAUGUGUGUUCUUCAUUCCAUAAUAGCUCUUACUUGUGGAGCUUUGAUGAUAUUCUACUCCAAAGAGAUCUCUGUGCUUGGCCACAGAUCCGAGACCGCAAGCAAGCUUCAAGGGACAACACCCUAUGAUCAGCUUCUGAUUGACACCUCUGAUUCCUUCUCUGGCUUGUUGUUGUUCACAAUAGGAUUCCUUCUCUUGAUGGUUGCUUUUGUUAAGGACAUAGACUUUCAGAGUUUCUUUGCCUAAGGGUGGAUGCUUCACAUUUCCAUUGCAGUGUGGAGAUUCUUCUUUGAGAGGAAGCUUGGGGAUCUUGCACAUGAAUGGCCUAGGCAUGCUGUUGGGGACAUAGCAUUGGCAAUUUCAUGGGUCUUUUUUCUUGUGUACACAUGGAGAGAGAAAUAUGAUUAGUUAAUUUAUUUUAUAAUUUUGUAAGUUUUUUGUGCUUGUGGUUGUAGAAACAACAUGGCCCAAAUUGGCCUUGUGAAUGCUUAGAUUCUUGACAUAAAUGGAGAACCAUGAUAUGAGUUCUGUUCUUCUUCAAAGAGAGAAUGAAAGAGGUUGUUGAGUCAA